CCUUCUCUAAAUUGUUCCGAAAAAACACAGACGUUUUCCAUAACCGCUGAUUUCUCAGAACACAACCCAUCCUCGAACAAGUUUUCUUCAUUGUAUCUAUUUUGUAUUUCCGAGGAAUUUUGUCUUUCUCACUCUUCUGUUUUUUUUUUUUUCUUUCUUUCUUUCUUUCCCUUUGUUUGGUGGCUGAGAAAACUGAACCUUAGGAAGAAAAACCGAAAAAGAAAAGCACUUGCAUUCAAAGCUCUCAGCUUCCGGAACCAGAAAUCCUUAACUGUUGAUCUUUGGUAGUUGUUUUCAUUUAUUUCUCUUUACCUUGUUCUCUUUAUUUCUCGGGUACAAAAUUUCCACCAAGAAACAAUUUAAAAAAAUUUUUUUUUUCCUGUUCUUAGCAGUACGUUCGGUACGUGAGUGGGACAGAGUCUAAGUGAUAGUGAGUUCUUUAGGAGCAUUUGGUGGCGGUAUUCGUUCUUUCCUGUGAGGGGUUUCUUUGACUGUUUCUAAUAUGGCCGAGUCAACUAAAGUAAGGUUGGUCCGUUGCCCAAAAUGCGAAAAUCUGCUCCCGGAGCUUGCUGAUUACUCUGUUUACCAGUGUGGUGGAUGCGGUGCUGUUCUUCGAGCAAAAAAUAAGAAUCCUGAGGCAGUUAAUUUAUCUGAGAAGUCAGAUGGAGAAAGGCUUGAAGGGGUUUCUACUAAAUCACAGACUUCCUCAGAAAAAGGAAUAGUGGACUUGAGUGAUGUUUCUGAUACAGAUGUUAGGUCAAAUGAUGGCUCUUUGAAGAGUGAUCAGAGGGAUGCAGAGAAGAAUGAUGUUGCGUGUGCUGAUAGAUGUAGCACUGAAGCUAAGUUUAAAGGUGAAAAAGGGGUUGUUGAGGAUGAUCAUGAUUUGAGCUGUAGUAAAGAUCAAUUGGGCAAUGCAAUUGGAAGGCAAAAUGCUGACUUGAAUUCCCAGUCUGGAUAUACUGGUGGAUCACAAAGAUUGGGACGGGUGUCUGAUUGGCGAGCUGGGGAACAAGAAGACAUGGAGGGGAUUCGUAGAAUACCAAAAACUGUGGAUGAAGAUGUGCGGUUUUCAACUUCAAAGCGUCCAGAUGAGGGUCCGUCAAACUAUUACUCAGAUUCUUCUUAUGUUUAUAGGGAACCACUGAGGAAUGUUAAUGACGUAGAUGGUGCUAGUAGGGUUCUACUUGAACAAGAUCGAGCUGAACUUCUGAGAAAGUUAGAUGAGCUAAAGGAGAAACUGAGUCGGUCUUGUGAUGUGGCUGAUAAAUCAAAAGAGAAGGUACCAAUUGAUGGUAGGGUUGCCCCUUCAGAACCUUAUGUUGUUCCUGAUUCCUGGUUUCCAAGUGGUUCUUCAGGUGUAGACAAAGCUUCAGGUCCUUUCUUUGGACCUGAUAAACAUGCUGCAGGACUGCCUUAUUUCAGUCAUUAUCAAGAUCCAUUCCCUUAUGCUGUCGGGCAUGAUAUGCCCAGGCAUGCAUUUUAUCCUCCAAUGCAUAAUCCAAAUCAUGUUGCUGGGUAUGGAGAUCCCUUUGGAUCCCAGAUGCUUAGAAGAGCUCCAAACCACUUGCCUGGUGAAUACCACCAACAGCCAUCACAUCCAUUCCAUAGCAGGCAAUAUGUUGACUCUAAUCAAGAUCCACUUAGUCCAUAUCAACCAAAUUCUGUUUUGCACCAGCCUUCAUCUUCAUGUUUCCAUUGUUAUGACAAAAAUCAGCGAGUUUCAGCACCUGUACUACCCAGUGGUAUUAGCAAUAAAAGAUACCCUGAUGUCACAAGCAACCCGAUGUUCUAUCAUCUUGAGAACCCCAGGGCAUCUGGUCCACAUCGCCAUGACUGUAUGACUACCAUGCCUCCAUUGAGUGCACGUGGUAAUCAGGUUCAUGCUAGAUGGCCAAGUGAUAUUAACUCUGAAAUGGAUAAUUUUGUUAGGUGUCAUCCUCACAAGGUGGUGGUAGCUAGAGGAGGCCGCCGUUGCCGCCCCAUAGCUGGUGGUGCUCCAUUCCUCUUGUGCCAUAAUUGCUUGGAAUUAAUAGAGCUUCCUCGGAAAAUACAGCUUGUGGCAAAAAAUGAACAGAAAUUGCGUUGUGGGUCCUGUGCUACAGUAAUAAACUUCAGUGUUGAUUAUAGGAAGCUCAUUUUUCAUGAUCAAAUAGACACGAAGGGAGUCUCAAUGGAGGUUUAUGAUAGCUCUAGUGAAGUUGUGAAACAAAGUACAUCACAUUUCCGUGGCCACUUAAACCGAAUUUCUGCUAAUUUCUCCUCUGAUGAUUAUGAUAAUUCUGGUUAUGAUUUUCAGUCAGUGGAUAGAGAUCCCAUUCCACUGUCAGCAGGCCAGGAUUUAAAUUCUGUCAAUCCUCAGGAAUUGCAAAGCUUUGAUUCUUCAUCGCCAACCACCUCUGAGGAUGAAAACAGUCCAGAUGUUUUAAUUGCUUCUAGAGACAAUGUAAACUCUGUUCAGAUGCCAGUCAAACCCUCUUUGUCUCCACCACCCCCUGGUUCACCCCUGCAAGAUCACUUUGAUUACUCUUCUAACAACCAAGCAGUUAACCGAUUUGGGAAGGGAAAUCGGAGUAGUCGUUCAGAUCAAGAGAAGGUUGUAUCAAACAAGGCCACUACACGACAAAAUUCUUUAAAAGAGGCAUCACUAGCAACUGAGAUGGAGGUGUCAUUCAAUGAGUAUGCUAAUGCUGAAAUUUCUCAAGAUUCAGGGGAUGCAACAAAAGAAGACGAUGAACAGAAAACCACUAAAGGGGGUGAAUCAUUUUUCUCAAACAUUAUCAAGAAGAGCUUUAAGGAUUUCUCCAGGUCUAACAAUACUGAGGAUCGUGGGAAAUUUAAUGUGUCAGUUAAUGGCCAUCUGAUACCAGAUCGUGUGGUUAAAAAGGCUGAAAAGAUGGCAGGAACAAUUCAGCCUGGAAAAUAUUGGUAUGAUUUCCGAGCUGGAUUCUGGGGUGUAAUCGGUAGUCCUUGUCUUGGCAUAAUUCCUCCAUUUAUUGAAGAAUUUAACUAUCCAAUGCCAGAGAAUUGCGCUAGUGGAAAUACUGGUGUUUUUGUAAAUGGAAGAGAGCUCCACCAAAAAGAUUUAGAUUUGCUGGCUAAUAGAGGCCUGCCAACCGAUAGAGAUAGAUCCUACAUCAUUGAGAUAUCUGGCAGAGUCGUGGAUGAGGACUCUGGUGAAGAGCUGGAUAGUCUUGGCAAACUUGCACCAACGGUUGAGAGGGUGAAACAUGGGUUUGGCAUGAAAGUUCCAAAAACAGCUGCAUGAUGAAUUUCUUCUGGUCACGGUGUUUGACAUUGAUUAGAAGUUUUUGGGCUAUUCUAUCCAUUUCCAGAUCAGAAAACUCAAUAUUCGCAAAACCCAUUGAAUUAUUUGGGCAACUCUCUAUCCCUUUGCUGGAGUAUCAAGCGACUAGAUGGUUGCCUGGUUGGUACGCUCUUAAUGACUGAAAUCUACAAUGUAGUGAGGUUCCAUUUUGAUUUUCUUAGUAUUCUUGUUGUUUGCUUGCAAAUCCAAAGUCAGAUGCGCAUGUGUAAUUGUCUGUGCAAAUUGUGUAAUUUUUUCUUUUUAAAAUUUUAUGAUCACAUUGGUUGCUGCAUCCUGCAUAUGGUUUGGCAUAUUUCACUUAUUCAGCAAUCAAGUUCCAAAAUUUAAAUUCGUACAUCCUAGGUCUCUGUGCUGGCUUUCAGGCAAUUCACCUUACAGACACUAUGAGAAGGUUCCUGUGGUAGAAAAUCUUAGAUGGUCAUAUUUCUGCUGUGUCUGCAUAUUUUGCUCCCUUUGUUUUUUGUGCACAAAAAGGAUGAAUGAUGUUGUACUAAAAAGCCAGAACCAAUUAUUGGUCUAUCUGGCCCAGAAGAACGGACACAUUAGACAUGAUUUUUGUGUCGAUGCUCCUCCUUUCUCUGAACGGUAAGAAUACUGGUGUGGCUUGUGAAUGGGCCCAUGGUCUCUUCCGUU